AUGCCAGCACAGGAGCCUCGAGGAUUUGUAUGGCCUCAUCCGUGCAGCGCCGCAGCCAAAGCAUGGCCCACGCUGCAGCUGACACCGAUCACACCGACCAUCCUCAACAGCCUGUCCGAACACAGACGCGACUGCCCAAUCUGCACAAUCGAAUUCGCACCCGACAACUUCGUGACCAUCUUUUCAUGCUGCAGUACAGCCGCACAUGUCACGUGCCUUUCUGCCUACCUAAACACACCUCCACACGAUCGCCUAAAUGCGGGACGUGAAGAAUGCAUAUGGUGCCGUACCAAAAUCACAGUCGGACGCAGAUUGAACCGAGUCGUCGACCCAGGUCCGUGCCGAGCCUGGACAGAACAACAGAAUUUCGAAGUUCCCAAGGAUUUGCAGUCGAAGACCUGGCCGCUGGUCAUCGACGUCAGCCCUCGCGUCAUCGACCCUCGUCCCAGAGCAGUUCAUCGCGCGCCGCCAGCCCCCAACAUACAACGAGAAAGCGACGAUAACCCUCCAAGGCUCACGUACUUCCCGUCAAACACUACGUCUGUGCCAGACAAUGCCGCGCGGCCCAAUUUCUUCAUCUGGCCUCAAGCCUACUACACACGCAGCGAAAUCGACGGUAUCACGUCACGGUCAAUAGCUGCGCCCGUACCAGACGAUGCUGCGCGGCCCAGGGUACUUUUCCCCCCGCCUCAAAAUCACGCCCCUCGCGAAGAACCAGACGGCAUGGUCGCAGAGCACGAAGCAGAAAUGGCAGCCGCCGCGCGCGCAGCAGACUAUCCACACGCGGCGCUGAUCGAGGAGUACCUACUCCAACAGCCAGAGCAGCGCGACUUGUUCAUCCAAGAUGGCAUGAUACCUCCCAACCCAGACCCAGGCCAACCGGAGAACGACGUGUCUGAACGGCUCGCGCCAGCGUUGAACGGAGGGCCGGUUCAGGAGCCCAACAAUCAGGAAGCCUUUCCCUUUCACCGGCAAUUCGAACGUCCUGCACGACCUGACUGGUUCGAACGACUCGACUGGCAUGGACGUGAACGCGAACGUCAGCAAGCCAGCACGUGGGACUUCAGUAUCCUGCCAGAUGGUUACUUCGACUUGCCAGGACUGGGAGCCCGGACAGACGAUGACUUGGACUCUCUAGCCGCGGAGGUGGGCUCACCAGGGGGGCCAGUACAGCCACAGCAGCCAUACCUUCAGGCCCUUCUUGCUGGAUCCGUACAAGAGGUCUCAGACCGGUAUGCGGAGCUGCUUGAUGGGAUGAGCGCUGCCUAG